CAAGCUGCGUUACUACCAAUGUUGGUGGUGUUUUUAUAAAGAAAAGCAUCAUGGUAUUGCUUUGAAAAUCUUGUUUCACUUAACUUUGGAUGGUAAGGUAAAAUCAAUGUUAACCCACACAGAAUAUGUGCGAAUGGUAACUGAUGCUAUAUAAUUCUCAAUAUAAAUACCAAAGUUGACCUCGUUGCGCUAUGCAUUCUUUUGCUAAACAAAUAACGUUAUGCACAAAUAAUGGUCGCUGGCAAUGGCCUACACAAUCUAAUGAAUCGAGCCUUUAAAUAUAAGGAUGCUGUUCUAAUAAAACGUAUUCAAAAUCUAUCACCGCAUAAGAAUCUUCAACACAUUAUGUUUAUCGAUUAUGUGAGAUUUGGCCCGCAUCAAAUCACAGUGAAUAAGAAACCGAAAUUUCUUCACGUAUCCGUAAUCACAAAGGAUGGCAGAGUCAAUCACGAGUUGGUGACUACUGUCUUUGUGAAAGAUGUGGUGAGUGCGGAGCAAUGUUGGAUGAAUACAAAUUUAAUUCCAUGGCAGUUCGAGAGUACUAGAAAAUUUUUGUUGGAUCAUCGUCUGCAGCAGGUUACUCUUGAUGGCAAUGCCAGGAGGACAUGAUUGGAAUUCGGAGCGACCCAGAGUGCCCUAGAGCUCACAACGAACAAACCUUAUGUAAUUGACUGCAUUCAGAAGAAUUUCUCAGAAAAUACUGGAGCCCAAACACCUAAAACGAUUUGGUGUCUGUUUAAAUACAAUAAACCAAUAAAUGCGAUCAAGUAUGAUGCGCAAAAUGUAUCAACUGAAUAUUAUGUACAUAUUUUAUAAACCAAUUUUGCAAUGAACAAAAAGUAUUGUUUAAAAAUGUUGAUAAAGUAUGAACUUAGUUGUUAAAUAAGUAUAAUAAUACUCUGUUCCUACUUAUUUUUUCAAUAACUAAC